CCUCGACGCUUUCCAAAUUUAAGUGAAGCCCCUAACCGCUCGUCAACUCCUCCUCAGCCCGUGGAAUUAAAAAGCAGAAGCUUUUCCAUGAAAAAGCUCUCAUCUGUGAUCUCAAUACAUGUUGAGAAUAAAUUAUCUCCAUGGACUUGCUGCAAGUUUCAGAAUUUGGAAUCGUCCCAUCAGAUAUUUCCAUUCCCUUAAUCGAAACAAACACAGAACACCCACCAGGCAUAAAUUUACCGAAACCUCAAUAAAUCCAGUAGAAUCAGUUGAUGCUGAGCCAAAAGUUUACAUGAGAGACACAAUCUCAAGCAUUUACAAAAUCCUCAAGUACUCAACUUGGGACUCGGCUGAAACCCAACUGAAACAAUUACCCGUCAAAUGGGACUCUUUUACAGUCAACCAAGUCCUCAAAACCCACCCACCAAUGGAAAAAGCUUGGCUUUUUUUCAACUGGGUCGAUAAAGUUAGAGGCUUUAAGCACGACCAGUUCACUUACACGACAAUGCUCGACAUUUUUGGAGAAGCUGGGAGGGUUUCGUCAAUGAAGUAUUUGUUUCACCAAAUGCAAGAAAAGGGCUUGAAAAUUGAUGUUGUUACUUAUACUUCGUGCUUGUAUUGGCUUUCAAAGAGUGGAGAUGUUGAUGGGGCAAUGGAAACAUGGGAGGAAAUGAGAGGAAAAAGAUGUUUUCCUACUGUUGUUUCAUAUACAGCUUAUAUGAAAGUUUUGUUUGAUAAUAAGAGAAUCAAGGAAGGUACUGAUGUUUAUAAGGAGAUGCUUCAGUCUGGGAUUUGUCCUAAUUGUCAUACUUAUACAGUGUUGAUGGAGUAUCUUUUUGGGGCUGGCAAGUAUGAAGAAGCCCUCGAAAUUUUUAACAAAAUGCAAGAAGCCGGAGUUAAGCCCGACAAAGCUGCAUGCAAUAUUUUGGUUGAGAAGUGUUGCAAAACAGGGGAGACGUGGCCAAUAAUCAAAAUCCUUUGGUUCAUGAAAGAAAGUUAUAUUGUCCUCCGGUACCCCAUAUUUCUAUUAGCCCUUGAAACGCUCAGAGCUGCUGGUGAGAGUGAUGCCCUACUCAGGCAAGUUCAUCCUCAUAUCUCUGUUGAAAGUAUUUGCAAUAAAAGAGAUGUUGAGUAUAAAGGAAAUGAUUUCAAAGCCCCUUUAAGCUUAGACAGAGAACUAGUUUCGGUUCUUUUGGAAAAGCAAAAUCUUCUUGCCAUUGAUGGUUUACUGACUGAGUUGUUGGAUAAGAAUAUUCAGUUGGACUCAGAAAUGAUGUCUGCUGUCAUACAUGUAAAUUGUAAUCGUUAUAGACCGGAUGGGGCUUUAUUCGCCUUCAAAUAUAGUGUGAAAACAGGCAUAGAACUCGAGAGAACAGCCUAUCUUGCUUUGAUAGGCUGUUUAAUAAGAUCAAACAUGUUUACUGAUAUAGCGGACAUUAUCAAGGAAAUGACUAACGCCGGACAUUCUCUUGGAGUUUAUCUAGCUUCACUCUUAAUCUAUCGGCUUGGAUGUGCUAGAAGGCCAUCUUGUGCUGCAAAGAUCUUCAAUUCACUGCCUGAUGAUCAGAAAUGUGUUGCUACCUAUACUGCUUUGGUUGGCAUCUACUUUGCUGCCGGAACUGCAGAUAAAGGGCUUAAAAUAUACAAAACAAUGCGAAAGAAAGGGAUUCAUCCUUCUCUAGGCACAUACUGUGUUCUAGUAGCCGGUCUCGAGAAACUUGGUAGGGUCUCAAAUGCAGAAACCUUUAGGAAGGAGAAGAAAAUCAUGCAGAAAGAUGUUUAUUUCCGUGAAUCCAUUCCUAUUGAGGAAAAGAUAUGUGACCUCCUAUUUGCUAAGGAUGUAGUGUCUUGACAAACUUUCCAGAUUUCAGCCUCGUAACACAAAUUUAGAGCUAUGGUUUGACGGUACAGCCCUUUUGCCACCAAUAUUUAUCGCAAUUGAAACCCGGAAAUGCAUCCAUUAUUCGAAACCGUAUUUUAUUUGCUGGGUCAUUUUGAAGGAAAGUUGCCAGUUAUGGUAUAUUGAUUAUUUGAUUGGUGAAGGCUUUGGAUCAAUGAUAUCUGGGAAGUGUUUCCAAUGGAGGAUUAUCAACAACCUACAUGGCAAAGAAUGGCUUCAAGUAUUACAUUUUGGAUGAAUAAUGUAUACCUA